CCGCCCCGAGUCAUAUGUGCGCGAUGUUGUGCCGAUCGGCGGUUCUGCCACUGCUCAUCACCCUGCCCAUGUUCUCCGUUGCCCAACUUCCGGUCUGCAGCCGCGUCCAGGCCUGUGCGGCUCGCCUGAACAUUUUCCCGCUAGUCGAAGAAGACUCGUCCGGUUGGGGCUCUGGCCUUGUACCGCUCUACGAUGAAGCUUUCGAGUCCGUGACGUUCGACUAUUCACAGACACCUGAGACAUCCGAAUUUGAGCUGUGCCAGUGCGCUAAUAAUGGCACUUGCGACACAGAUGUGGACAGCAGAACGUUGAAUUUGGACGAUACGGUACAGCUGACAUUUUGCAAUGAUGUACAUGAACAAUUGCCAAUGCAGUGUCGAGGACAAAGGGGACUUCCACGGAUUAUAGGAACACCACAUCCAUCAGGUGAGACGGUGUCAGCAGUGACUUCAACAGCGAUUUUCUGCACAUGUCCAUCCGGAUACGAGCGGCUACGGCCAGAAUAUUGGGGAGGAGCGGAAAUUUCCAUUUCUUACAAAUGCAAAUGAACAUAGGUUUAUUAUAUAAAUCAGGCGAUAUAUUGGAACCUUGCCUGUUUGUCUGCAAACUGGUGCUUCGUAUUUUUCUCGUUGUUAUGGUUGUUAUGUGCAAUGCCGUGAACUAUUGCUAAUACAUAAAUAAGAUG